AUGAUCAAUGCCACCCUGAUACAACGCAUCGCCGGCGAGCCGGCUCGGCAGUCUCCUAAGGCAGAGCCGAAAAUCCUGACGCGAGUGCAACGAGACCAACUUCAUUCGUCCCGUCUUGACUGCUGUCAGAGACCCCAGCGGGCCCAGCCUUGGGACGACCCAUCGGACUUCUCAUCACCCGGCCGAGCAUACCAGUUGUUCCAGCUCGGUACGCAGGUCUUUUCGGAUGACACACCUGUCAUCGCAGCAUCGUCCCAGCUCGCAAGUGUCUGA